AUGGAACGCACGCUGCUACAGUGCAACAUCUUUCAAGAAAUUUCCUCUGCAGCUUCCUCCCCGUCUCGCGGCGUCACUGUUCAUCUCGUCCAAUCACACAUCGACUCCAUCGCCGCUGCAGCCAAUAAGAGCGCUCGGCCCACCACCAGUGCCACUACUACUAGUAGCAGUAGUAGCAGCAACAACGCUAGGCACUCUCCCUUUCCUCCCUCCUCACCUCGCUUCACCACCCCUUCUCGCAUCACCACCACUGCCACCACUGCCACCGCCACCAACCCUCCAAGCACCACCACAGCCACAAAACCCUCCUCCUCCAUUCCCCAACGCCCCUCCUCCCCCGCUCUCCGCUCCUCCUCCCCCCCUCUCCGCUCCUCCUCCCCUACCCGCCGUCGCUCCCCCUCCCCCUCCUCCCGUCGCUCCUCCUCCCCCUUCCGCUCCCCCGCCCUGCUCCCCUCCCCCCAACCCCCCGGCUUGCCCUUUCCUGACCCGUAUGGGCUAGGUCCGGGCAUGGGGUGUGAUAUUAUCCCCAUGGGCCAAUCAGAAGACGGUGCUGACGAGGAUGAUGAUUACUCGGGAGCGUUCGACCAAUCAGAGGGUCGGGGGGUGUUUGGUGGUGUGGGGGAGAGGGAAGGUGAAAGGGAAGGAGAAGACGCAGUGGGAGGAAAAGGGGAGGAGGAAGGAGAGGAGGGAGGAGAGGAGGAUGAAGAGGAGGAGGAUGGAGCAAUAUUGGCACUGGAAAAGUUGAGAAGUGUAUUGGGAGGGGGCAUGACUGUGGGCGUGGGCAUGGGUACAGGCACAGGGUUGGGCCAACACAAAACCGAUUCGCCAGAGACAGAUGUGCCAGUGUCUGUUCCUCUCGAACCGUCCUCUACCCCUCCCAACCAGUCCCUCCCUCCUCCUCCUCUCGCCAUUCCCACUCAGAUACCCCCUCAACUGCCGGCACAGACACACUCACAGACGCCCACACGGGUAGCACAGACAGCAGCACAGACAGCAGCACAGACAGCAGCACAGACAGCAGCACAGACAGCAGCACAGACAGCAGCACAGACAGCAGCACAGACAGCAGCACAGACAGCAGCACAGACAGCAGCACAGACAGCAGCACAGACAGCAGCACAGACAGCAGCACAGACAGCAGCACAGACAGCAGCACAGACAGCAGCACAGACAGCAGCACAGACAGCAGCACAGACAGCAGCACAGACAGCAGCACAGACAGCAGCACAGACAGCAGCACAGACAGCAGCACAGACAGCAGCACAGACAGCAGCACAGACAGCAGCACAGACAGCAGCACAGACAGCAGCACAGACAGCAGCACAGACAGCAGCACAGACAGCAGCACAGACAGCAGCACAGACAGCAGCACAGACAGCAGCACAGACAGCAGCACAGACAGCAGCACAGACAGCAGCACAGACAGCAGCACAGACAGCAGCACAGACAGCAGCACAGACAGCAGCACAGACAGCAGCACAGACAGCAGCACAGACAGCAGCACAGACAGCAGCACAGACAGCAGCACAGACAGCAGCACAGACAGCAGCACAGACAGCAGCACAGACAGCAGCACAGACAGCAGCACAGACAGCAGCACAGACAGCAGCACAGACAGCAGCACAGACAGCAGCACAGACAGCAGCACAGACAGCAGCACAGACAGCAGCACAGACAGCAGCACAGACAGCAGCACAGACAGCAGCACAGACAGCAGCACAGACAGCAGCACAGACAGCAGCACAGACAGCAGCACAGACAGCAGCACAGACAGCAGCACAGACAGCAGCACAGACAGCAGCACAGACAGCAGCACAGACAGCAGCACAGACAGCAGCACAGACAGCAGCACAGACAGCAGCACAGACAGCAGCACAGACAGCAGCACAGACAGCAGCACAGACAGCAGCACAGACAGCAGCACAGACAGCAGCACAGACAGCAGCACAGACAGCAGCACAGACAGCAGCACAGACAGCAGCACAGACAGCAGCACAGACAGCAGCACAGACAGCAGCACAGACAGCAGCACAGACAGCAGCACAGACAGCAGCACAGACAGCAGCACAGACAGCAGCACAGACAGCAGCACAGACAGCAGCACAGACAGCAGCACAGACAGCAGCACAGACAGCAGCACAGACAGCAGCACAGACAGCAGCACAGACAGCAGCACAGACAGCAGCACAGACAGCAGCACAGACAGCAGCACAGACAGCAGCACAGACAGCAGCACAGACAGCAGCACAGACAGCAGCACAGACAGCAGCACAGACAGCAGCACAGACAGCAGCACAGACAGCAGCACAGACAGCAGCACAGACAGCAUCACAUACAGCAGCACAGACAGCAUCACAUACAGCAGCACAGACAGCAUCACAUACAGCAGCACAGACAGCAGCACAGGCGCUAGCGCAAGCAGCGCCCAUGUGGGGCCCGCAGGGGCUGCUGCACUUUGUGUUCCGCAGCGUGCCUCUGCGCCAGUUUGUCAUGGCGGAAUUCCCUUUAGCUCUCAGUGACAGGCGGCAGCAGAAGACGUGA